UGACUGGUGAACGAGCUGCAGGACAUCCUUUCCAUCCUCUCCAGACCACCUCACACCACCUUAGCCCUCUGCAGGCAAGAGGGAGCCUGAUUCAUCUUCACACUAGAUACUCAUUCCACUCAACCAGUUAAAACAGAGAAGAUAAACUGAAACAUCUUUGACUCAGAACUUCAAAAGUGAAUGAACAAGUCCUCUCAACUGACUCAAAAUGUUUGUCUCACCCAGAAGAUGGAGCUCCCGAAGAUCUUCUCUAGCCAAUGGACAUUCCUAUUUGCCAUCCUCAACCUGCUAUCACUCAGCUUCUCCACAGCAUCCCUGCUCAGCAACUCCUGGUUUGUGGGCACACAGAAGGUGCCCAAGCCCCUGUGCGGAGAAGGUCUGGCAACCAAGUGCUUUGACCUGCCAGUGCCCUUGGAUGGGGGCAGCAGCAGCACAUCAUCCCAGGAGGUGGUGCAAUGCAGCUGGGAGACUGGGGAUGACCGCUUCUCCUGCCAUACCUUCCGGAGUGGCAUGUGGCUAUCCUGUGAGGAAACUGUGGAAGAACCAGGGGAGAAAUACCGAAGUUUCAUUGAACUCACACCACCAACCAAGAGAGGUGAGAAAGGACUACUGGAAUAUGCCACGUUGCAAGGCCUACAUCACCCCACUCUCCGAUUUGGAGGGAAGCGGUUAAUGGAGAAGGCUUUCCUCCCCCACCCUCCCUUGGGGCUUGUGGCAAAGAACCUAUGGCUAUCACUGGGAGCCCAGUUUGCCUGCAUCGGACUUGAACUCGGUUUCCUCCUCCUAUUAACGGACUUGCUGUUCACCGGGAACCCUGGCUGCGGGCUCAAGCUGAGCACCUUUGCCGCCAUCUCCUCUGUCAUGUCAGGCCUUCUGGGGAUGGUGGCCCACAUGAUGUAUUCACAAGUCUUCCAGGCAACUGCCAACUUGGGUCCAGAAGACUGGAGGCCACAUGCUUGGAAUUAUGGGUGGGCCUUCUAUACAGCCUGAAUUUCCUUCACCUGCUGCAUGGCAUCAGCUGUCACCACCUUCAACACAUACACCUAGCUGGUGCUGGAGUUCAAGUGCAAGCACAGGAAGAGCUUUGAAGGAAACUUGAGUUGCCUGCCACACCACCACCAGUGUUUCUCCAACCGCUGCCCAGGUGCAGCCCACCCGGGGGGCCCUCUGACCAGCUACCACCAGUACCACAAUCAGCCCAGCCGCUCUGUCUCUGAAGGAGUUGACUUCUAUGCAGAGCUACGCAACCAGGGAUUCCAACAAGACACCAGCCAGCUGCUAAAAGAACUGGCUGGGUCUCCUGUAGAAGAACAGUGUUAGGAGUUAAGUGGGUUUGGAGAGCAGGCUGAGCCCCACCUUACAUGCUUGUUAUCAACACGUGCUUAAGCCAAA